AUGGCUCCUCUGAAGGUCUAUGUGGCCAGUGCCACUGCCAAUCCUGAAACCAAGUAUCGGGUACAACGGACACUUAUGAUUCUAGAUGGACUAGGUAUUCCAUUUGAUUCGAUUGAUAUUACCAAACCGGAGCAUGCUGAGCAAAGACGGUUUAUGAGGGAAAAAGCGUCAAAAAAGGGACCAAAUGGAGCAGUACUGCCACCACAGUUUUUCUAUGAGGACGAGUAUCUUGGGGAUUAUGAAGACUUUGACACUUCGGUGGAAGCAGAUACAAUUACCGAGUUCUUGAGGUUACUACCAGAUGCAAUUGGUAACCGAAUCCGAGUGAACGAUGCUAACAAGUGUGUUGCUGCGUUAUUCAGCAAAUCUCAAAACAAAGCAUAA